AAACACCGUACUGUUAUGCCGAAAGUGUGUCAAAGCUCCGCGGAUAAGAUAAAUCUUGAGUAGUAAAUACAAACAUCCGACAGAAUCAUUUACCCGUUGAGUGGGCGAUGGCUUAAAGUAUAAAUCAACGAGCAGUUGCCGCUGCAAACCAUUCUGUGGACGGCUCAAAGAGAGUGCAGGAACACAGGAGCACAUCAAGAAACCGUAAAUUAAUCGAAUUCACUGCCGGUUGUCAGAUAUUAGAGGAGCAAGAUAACUUUGGUGAAAAUAAUCGAACAGAUAAGUGGCCGGCGCGCAUAUAGCACAGACCGACGUGUAUUAGAACAGCGUUCCUGAUAGAUCUAGCUAGAAGUCAUCGGACACUCCGAGUGAAAAACUACAGGACGCGAUGAUCCUGAAGAAAGGGAUGCAUUUGGUGAUGGUCGGGAUGGGGUUCCUUUGUCUCAUACAUGCUGAAGAGGCCACUGACUUGACACCUCAGAUAUACAGCCUCCAUAUCCGCAGUGACAUCGCUUACAGAUGGGCGACUACACAAGUUACCAGCAAACUGGCAAACCCGGGCACCUCGGCCAAAGAGGCAAUGUUCAGAAUUGUUCUUCCAAAGGCUGCGUUUAUCGCCAAUUUCUCUAUGGAGAUUGACGGAAUUAUCUACCCGGGCCAUGUAAAAGAGAAAGCUGAGGCAAAGAAGACCUAUGAUGAUGCUGUCAGACUCGGCCAUAGCGCUGGACAUAUACAACAAAAGACAAGAGACAGCAAUGACUUCAAGGUGUCAGUGAACGUUGCAGCCAAGAACAAGGUGACAUUUCACCUUACAUACCAAGAGUUGCUCAGGAGACGCCUCGGGGUUUACGAACACCUGAUCAAUGUUAAUCCGGGUCAGGUGGUCAGAGAUAUGAAGAUUGAUGUCCAUGUGGAGGAAUCUAGAGAAAUCACUGCCCUAAAGGUGCCACCACUUCGCGAGGAUGUUGCAAACACUAUCGACUUUAAUGAAGUUAAUCCAAUUGCAAAGGUAAAUAAGAUAUCUCCAACAAAAGCACACGUGGCGUUCCAUCCAACUGUAGAGGAGCAAAGCGCAGCAUCUAAAGAUGGCAUCAAUGGACAGUUCAUCAUGCAGUAUGACGUUAACAGGGACAUCAGCGCGGGGGAAAUUCAGGUCGUGGAUGGUUACUUUGUGCACUACUUUGCCCCUAAGGGACUUGAACCUGUCGACAAAGAUAUUGUGUUUGUUCUUGAUACCAGCGGCUCUAUGAGUGGCACGAAGAUUAAACAACUGAAGCAAGCCAUGAAUCUCAUCCUUGGGGACCUAAGAGAGGGGGACAUGUUCAACAUCGUGGAGUUUGAUAGCAAUACGAAAGUUUGGCGAGAAGAUGGUCUCAUUAUGGCUGACGAGGAUAACAUUCACGCAGCAAAGGCAUACGUCAACAGAAUGUCAGCUGAUGGAGGAACCAACAUAAAUGCAGCAUUGUUGGAUGCCAUCAAAGUUCUGGAUGCCAAAGAUUUCAACUCGCUUAAUAACAGACCAUCAAUGAUCAUCUUUCUCACGGAUGGAGAAGCAACUUCUGGUGUAACACACGUGAACAAAAUCAUGGAGAACGUUCGUAAUAAAAAUGAAGACCGAUACACCAUAUUUACUCUGGCCUUUGGACAUGGAGCCGACUUUAGUUUCUUGCAAAAGAUCUCUCUACAGAACCGAGGCUUCGCCAGGAAGAUUUAUGAGGACUCCGAUGCCGUGUUACAGUUGGAGAAUUUCUAUAACGAAAUCUCUACCCCCACACUAUCUCAAGUUGAGAUCAAAUAUUUGGACAAUGUUAUAGACAAUUCUUCAUUGACACGGACCAUAUUUCCAACAUAUUUUGAGGGCACAGAACUGGUCAUAUGUGGUCGUCUCUUGAACCCGGCGUCUCCACCAACUAGACUUGUAGCUGAGAUAAAAGCUAUAAAAUCAGAAGGCAAUAUCAUUCUCGAAGCUUCAAAAGACAUUGAUAAUGGACUUACAGUGCCAAUCGAUGAUGAUGCGAAUAGUCCAUCUACUGAAGGAUUGGCUAAGUUCACUGAGAAACUAUGGGCUUAUCAGACAAUUAAGGAACUAUUGAAGAAAGAAGUGGCAGCUACUGACAAAACAGAAAAGAAAGAAUUGAAGAAUAAAGCUCUGCAACUUUCUCUUAAGUACUCAUUUGUGACUCCGUUGACAUCUAUGGUAGUAACUAAGCCAAACUCAAAGGAAGAAGGAGCAGGUCUUGAAGAUACAGACAAGAUUUCCCAAAAUUAUCGUUCACAAGCCAUGGGUAUGUCUAUGGCUAAAUACAGCAGUCAGCAUGCUUAUAGUUUUCCCGGACUCCCUGGUCCAGUUGGUAUGACUGGGUUACGAUCAUUUGGAGGACUCAUGUAUGAUCCAUCAUCACAGAGCAGACCGUUUUCACCACCCGUCAGGAAAUUACAUCAUAGCGUGCCGUCCUUUAGUGCAUCUGCUUCCCAUAGUAAGAGGAGGAAAAGUCAAGGAAGAGGUGGAAGAGGACGCGUAGGUCCACCAUUCCCACCAUCAAUUCCCCCUCGUCCCACAUUCUCAUAUUCGAAUUUACCAGCAAGUACCACCACUUCCACAACAACACCACCUACUCAGUCCAUGGGAACUGAUGAGCCAACAUCCUCUGGUGCUAUUGAACCAACCAUCGCUCCAUCAACAUACCCGAUUCAACAAGGUGUUGAAAGCAGCUUGAUCAUCAGUGGAGUGAAAUUAUGUGUUGAUCUUGACAGUCUACACGAUAAAUAUAUACAACUUAUACGAUGCAGAAACAAUGGAGUCACCAUCAAUGUUAAAGUUGAAGUCUCAGAGAAUGCCACAUCUUUCACAAGUCUUGGCAUCAUGACCCAACGUUCAAAGAUCAUCAUAAAACCCCAUAAGAUCCGUGUUUACCCACGCGGAAGAAGCAUCAAGUGGAGCAAGCCAUCGUCCAAUAACCUGGAGGAAGGCGUUAAGCUGGUUGUUGGGAAAGAUGAAAUGAUUACUCUCCAAGUUAACCAAAUUCUGAUGUACAUCACAAGACACGGUCACAGUGUAAUGAUUAAGUUCCAGAAUGAAGGAAUGCCAGGCAAGAAGAAAGUUCAUGGCAUUAUAGGUCAAUUUAUGCAGAAAGGUAAGACUUGGAAGAUCGAUGAGCAGGUAGGCUCUCUGAACAGCCAGUUGGAAAUACUAGACAGCCCCUCUGCUCCACCACGUAUAGUAGAUGUCAGUCUUGUACGGCACAUCAACGUUGCAACACAAACUGAGGCCGACUGCUGGGAGCCAGAUAGCCCUAAUGACAUUCUAGAUGGACAAAUUGAAGAUUAUGUUAUCCCUAAAUUGACUUAUAAGCCAUUUUCAGGCAACCAUUUAAAACAUAAGGGGAAACAUAGUAGGAAAAGGCACCACUCUAGAAAGCCAUAAUUUUAUAACAAUGCAAACCGGUUUAAGUAUCUGGAACCACAUGUAGAUGGUUCUCAGAUUAAAUGAAGGCAUAAUCAAACAUUGUAAAUAAAUUGCUGUACAUAUAGAUAAGAAAAUAUGUAAAUACAAAUAAAAUCUCAAACGUACAGUAUAGAAUUAUAGAUGUCAUUAAACAUCUUAUUUAGGUUUCUAUAUAAAACCAUUACAUCCGACUAGUACUAUAUCUGGUAUACUGAAGCAAUGGAACAAUUUCACAAGGACUAGUUUAACCUGUCUCACAUUCCCAAAUGCAUAAAUGUGACAGUGCUACAUCAUGACUUCUAAAUCUUAUUAUGUAAAUAGUAAAUACAAAAUAAAUAAGUUUUACUAGUUUUACCAAUACAAGUUCAAAAUAGUUGUAACCAUUAUACGCAUACUCCCGUCUAAUGAUUUGACAAUCAGAUGUUCGGAAGGAUCACGUACUUAACAUGGUUAUUUUUUACGCUUUUAAACAUUCAUAUUUGUCAUAACCGAAAUCAUCGCUUCUACUUUACCUCCGCAUGACCUUGAUUAUUUUCAACGUAAUACGAGUAUAGGCCCAGUGUAACAUUGUUAUCAUUGUUGCAUUUGACUUCGUAGCAUUUCCAUUUUAUUGGACACCAAAAACAGCUCAAACGGGCCAUAUCAAAGCUUAAGUUUCUGUUAGCAAUGUCAAUGAAAGAUGGCGAAGUUGUUUGUA